CUGAAUGCACCCUUUGAUUCUCUCUGUUUCUGGCCGGAUUCUGCAUGAGGAUUCGGGCUUAGAGUUGGAGGUUAUUAAAUGGCGAUAUUCAUGUUUGAUGUGUGGAGAUAAUGCUAUCACUUGUCAUCAGUUAACACAGUGAAACGUAAGGAAUUAGUGUAUUUUUACGGAAAUCGGGUCAUCCAAGAAAACAAGUAGCGAGCAAACUAGUUACGUGGGAAACGUAUUGGUGAAGGUCAUAUAUGUCGUAUUACAAAACGAAGAAUCGCCUCGACGAACCGACUGCAGCCACAUCAUCUGGCCUUGAUGAAAAUACACAAUCAGCUGUCCCUACCGCUUGCUGUUUAUAUACCUUCCGAUAACAAUUCAUUUUAUAAAUUCAUCUUUCCGUUCGUCAGUUAUAUUCUAAUCAAUCUUAACAUAUCAUCGAUUGUCAGAGAAGAGACUCGACAAAUGAUUUAUUAAACUUAAAUCGCUCGUGAUUGUAGUUUGAUGAAAAUUAUAUUUAUUCCUGCCAUCUGACUGAAGUGACAGGUGUGUAACUAAAACCCGCAAGUUUUUCAUCGGAUUUGAUGCAAUGUGAUAUGUGUUAUCAAUCUGAUUGAAAGACGAUAAUGUUCCAUGGAGAAAUAUAUAUAGAAAUAAGCAAAAAGGAAAAGACGGAAAAAAGUCUUGAGGGAAUGGUACGCAUUUCCGUUGAUACUUUCCAUAAUGAUGAAAUCGUUGAAUUGAUAUAGAUUAGUUGGAAAAAUUUUUGGUGGACCAUGUGCGCUAUUAGGAGUUUGCGAUCUUGACAAAAGAGAAUUUAAAUUUUUUUUUGGCAAACAAUGGCUUGUGAUGCUCUUAUUUGGGGACUAUUGUUUGUGGGUUGCAGCAUACAGACAUUAUGGGCUAUAUCUGAAGAUAAUCCAUCAGAAUAUAUGAAUAAGGAAGAGAGAGAAGCUUUAAAAGAAGAAGCAAGGGAUAUGUUUUAUCAUGCGUACAAUGCAUAUAUGGAUAAUGCAUAUCCUGCUGAUGAACUGAUGCCAUUAAGCUGUAAAGGACGAUAUAGAGGCUCUGAACCUAAUAGGGGUGAUAUAGAUUCUACAUUGGGAAAUUUUUCACUUACUUUGGUAGAUACAUUGGAUACAUUAGUGGUACUGGGAGAUUUGGAAGAAUUCGAGAAUGCAGUCAAACUUGUUGCUAGAGAUGUAAGCUUUGAUACAGAUGUUAUUGUUUCUUUAUUUGAAACAAAUAUUAGAAUGCUUGGAGGUCUUCUUAGUGGUCAUAUAUUAGCUGAAUAUCUGCAACAGAGAGCUGAUAUAAUGCCAUGGUAUAGAGGAGAACUUUUGGACUUGGCUAAAGAGUUAGGUUAUAGAUUUUUACCUGCAUUUAACACAACUACUGGAAUACCAUAUGGCAGAAUAAAUUUGAAACAUGGCAUGAAAGGAGUUCCUGUGGAAGUAUCAAGAGAGACAUGCACUGCUUGUGCAGGUAGUAUGAUAUUAGAAAUGGCCGCUUUAUCUCGAUUAACAGGUGAACCGAUUUUUGAGGAAAAAGCACAAAAAGCUAUGGACGUUUUAUGGCGUAUGAGACAUCGUGGUACAGACUUAAUGGGAUCUGUGUUGAAUGUUAAUUCUGGAGAUUGGGUACGAAGAGAUUCCGGAGUCGGCGCUGGCAUAGACUCUUAUUAUGAAUAUUGUCUUAAGGCAUAUAUUUUACUCGGUGAUGAAAAAUACUUAGGCCGUUUUAAUAAGCAUUACCAAGCCGUAAUGAAGUAUGUUAGUCAGGGGCCCAUGUUAUUGGACGUACAUAUGCAUAGACCAAAUACCAACUCCAAAAAUUUCAUGGACGCUUUAUUGGCCUUUUGGCCAGGUCUGCAGGUUCUUAAAGGUGACAUCAAACCUGCCGUAGAAACGCAUGAAAUGUUAUACCAGGUUAUGCAGAGACAUAACUUUAUACCAGAAGCAUUCACUACCGAUUUUCAGGUGCAUUGGGGGCAUCAUCCACUUAGACCAGAAUUUUUAGAAUCGACCUACUUCUUGUAUCGAGCCACAGGUGACCAUUAUUAUUUAGGAGUUGGACGUAAGGUACUCAAAAGUCUGCAAACGUAUGCGAGAGUGCCAUGCGGUUAUGCAGCUGUAUCAGAUGUUAGAACUAAUAAACAUGAUGACACAAUGGAUAGCUUUGUAUUGUCCGAGACAUUUAAAUACUUAUUUUUAUUAUUCGUGGAACCAGGCGAAUUGGUUUUAGAUUUGGACGAAUUUAUUUUUACCACUGAAGGUCAUUUAUUGCCGCUCACACUCGCUUCCAUCAGGACAAAUAUUUCAUCUGAUUUUGAACGCGAUAUUGUUUAUGUGGACGAGUUUGACCGUACUUGCCCGAAUAGUUUGCAUUUAUUUCCGGCAACAGUAAGGCAACCUUUGAGAAAUAUGGUAGAGGAUGUUUGUCCGAGACGAUCGGUCAAACGAAGAUUAAGCGCAUCGCAAUUUCAGGCAAAGACACCACAAGAUUCGGAGGAAGGAUUAUUGUUUAUGCAAGAAAUGGUUGAACUUACCAAGAUGCAAAUACAACCAGAAACUAAACCGCAAACAGUAACGUUCACAAAACCUAACACAGAUCCACCAAAAAAAAUUACGUUGUUAGCCGGACCAGCACAGUUUGGACCUGAGUUACAGAAUUUCGAUAAGAUCACUGGAAAAGUGAUAUUUACAUAUCCACCCGCAGCUUGCACAGAUCUGCUGAACGCGGAUAGAUUGGCGGGCAAGAUAGUAAUAAUGGAUCGUGGAAAUUGCAUGUUCAUAGAGAAGGCGCGGAGAAUUCAACAAGCUGGUGCUCUUGCCGGAAUAGUAUUAGAUAACGUAGCGGGUUCGAGUGCAGCAACUUCACCCAUGUUUGCAAUGUCAGGCGAUGGAAAAGAGAUCGAUGACGUCACAAUACCUGUCGUGUUCCUCUUUUUCACAGAGGCAGCUGAACUGAUGAAAGCUAUUAAUAUGGCAAAUGGCGAUCUUACUGUCACACUUGGAAUAUAUUCUUCAAAAGAAGAAAUUCAGCUUAAAGCACCUACUGACUUGUCACUGUUCGAACGUUUGAAAGGAUCAUUAAAAUCAUUUCUCAGUCGACAUGUAACUCAGCAGGCGACAACUAUUACAUCAAACUUGGAUAUGAUGAUUCCGAUUGAAUCGCAAGAAAAUCAGGAGGACGCUAUUGAUUUUCAUUAUUUUCAUGCAGAAAUUGUCAAAGAUUCACUUGGUGGUGAAGUCAGAAUUACUGCUGCAUCUGAAGCUACAAUUAUCAUCUUGAGACCAGUCUCUACACCGAUAGAGGUUUUGUGGCAUCAGUUAAAAGAAGUAUUCGUUAAUCAAAUAUUUCUCAACACUAAACAAAACAAGGGUAUAAGAAUCAGAAGUUGUAUUUUGGAGAGCUAUUACAAUUGGGUUAACAAGGCGCGUGGCGUGCUUAUGAAAACAUCUUUAUCAUACAAAGUUCGAUGGUUCUUAAGUGAGCUGCUGGUGGUCGCGCCAAACUCAUCUAUUAAAAAGAUGGGACAACUACUGGAACCAAACAAGCAGAAACUAUUGAAACAAUAUUUACUUACUAAUAUGGAUACUAUGGUGCUGAAUUUAAAAACCAUAGCUACAAAAUUGAAGAAUGUAAAAUCUGUUAGUCCUGAAAUGGAACAACUACUAAAGAUUUCGGAAUCUGGCAUUACACAAGUUGAAAAUUAUUCAUUUCUACGUCAUUUGUUAACUGAUUUGUUUGAUGAAGAAGAAGAGAUCAUUAAUCAGCAUGUCGCUCUUUUGGAUCGUAUUCAUGCAGAAGUUCAUACUACAUAUCAAGAAAUAUUAAUUGAUGGUGUCCAAAGGCACUUGGAGAAAUCGGGAAUAGAAGAUAGUUCAUAUUAUGACAUAUUGAUUGCCGAUUUGCAAAAGAAUUUGAAAAAUAUAGAUAAAGAAGAAAAUUUACUUAGGAAAACUAAAGAAAACAAUUUGGCAGUCGCUGAAUUUAUUAGUGACAGUAAUACAGGUAAAUCAGAACUGGAAAGAAAAAACCUUAGAAUCUUAAAGAAAAUUAAAGAAUCAAGCGCUGAAAAGUUAGAGGAUUUUGAAUAUUUCAUAUUAACGGAAAUAGAAAAAGCAGUGAAAUAUUCUGAGCAAAAUGUCUUACAAAAAUAUGAAGACAUAAGCGACGAAUCGAAAAAUAUUAUGACAAAAAAUAAAAAGGAUAAGAAUAUUAUCAAAUCCGGCGAAAUUACUCUGCACUCUUCUCAAAAUCAGAGCGAGAGCGAAAUUAAAAAGAAUAAAGAAGUUCGAAGUACUUUUCAGAAAGAGAUAGAUUUUCUUCAAGUAACAAAAGUAGUAGAUGUGAAAUUUAAAGAAACAACUACAGAGAAAAAGAUAGAAAAGUCUUCUGCAGAUUCUGCAUCGAGUGGUACUAAUAAAAUUCACAUUUUUGAUGGGUCUAUGGCUAAGGAUACAUCCAAUACAAGGAUUACAUCUCCCAAUAAUAAACAUAUUUUAUUACAAGGAUUACAAAAAGACAUUAGUGAUAUACGGCAUAGUCACAAGACCGAUUUAAGAACAAAGUCAUCCAGUUGGAAAGAUUUUGUUGAAAAUAAAAUUAUAUCUACUGAUUUACUGGAAGAGUUUAAAAAUGCUAUGUGGGUUAUUAAUAAGGAAAAAGUAUUUAAAAAGAAACUACAAAUGGCAAAUACGCUACGUAGUACCACAAAACCUAAUAAAAUAAAGUAUGAUGCAAAAAAAUACAUGAGUAAAGAUAAAGCAGCUAAACCAAAAUCGCAUAUAGCUAAACAUAUCGAUAAUGAUGAAUUAUAACAAUAGUUUUGAAAUUUAGACUACAAUUAUAAUUAUUAUGCAAAAACAGAAUUUCCAAAGGCCAUAAGGCUACUGCAUUAUAAUUGAUAUUUUUGCAUUGUGAUCUAGAUGUGCAUAUAGUCAACACGUUCCGUGUCACACGUAUUAUCGAUGAUACACGUUAAACUUUUCAUUCAAGUCGCGUAUUCCACGGAUAGUGCACGAUGUGAUGACUGCUCUUUACGUAUAUGCAUGACUGUUCUGUGCGUGGGGGUAGUUCGGCACGGAACGUGUUAAUUGACCUCUAGAACAUCUCUUGUGAAGUGCGCGCGCGC